AUGAUGGAUUUUGAUGAGCGUGGUCCCUGCUCCUCUAACAUGUAUUUGCCAAGUUGUACUUACUACGUCUCGGGUCCAGAUUUCUCCAGCCUCCCUUCUUUUUUGCCCCAGACCCCGUCUUCGCGCCCAAUGACAUACUCCUACUCCUCCAACCUGCCCCAGGUCCAACCCGUGCGCGAAGUGACCUUCAGAGAGUACGCCAUUGAGCCCGCCACUAAAUGGCACCCCCGCGGCAAUCUGGCCCACUGCUACUCCGCGGAGGAGCUCGUGCACAGAGACUGUCUGCAGGCGCCCAGCGCGGCCGGCGUGCCUGGCGACGUGCUGGCCAAGAGCUCGGCCAACGUCUACCACCACCCCACCCCCGCCGUCUCGUCCAAUUUCUAUAGCACGGUGGGCAGGAACGGCGUUCUGCCACAGGCUUUCGACCAGUUUUUCGAGACGGCUUACGGCACCCCGGAAAACCUCGCUUCCUCCGACUACCCCGGGGACAAGAACGCGGAGAAGGGGCCCCCAGCAGCAGCUGCGACCUCCGCUGCGGCGGUGGCGGCGGCGGCGGCCACGGGCGCGCCGGCAACUUCAAGUUCGGACGGCGGCGGUGGAGGUGGCUGUCAGGAGGCGGCGGCGGAGGAGAAGGAGCGGCGGCGGCGACCCGAGAGCAGCAGCAGCCCCGAGUCGUCUUCCGGCCACACUGAGGACAAGGCCGGUGGCUCCGGUGGCCAACGCACCCGCAAAAAGCGCUGCCCUUAUACCAAAUACCAGAUCCGAGAGCUGGAGCGAGAGUUCUUCUUCAGCGUCUACAUCAACAAAGAGAAGCGUCUGCAACUGUCCCGCAUGCUCAACCUCACCGACCGUCAAGUCAAAAUCUGGUUUCAGAACAGAAGAAUGAAGGAAAAAAAGAUUAACAGAGACCGGUUACAGUACUACUCAGCUAAUCCACUUCUCUAA